CGCAAUGUCACCCCAGGUUUCGAUAUCUUGUGUUGUCGUCGCCGCUGGCAUAACCGAUUUUCCCAUUUUAAGACAAACUUAGCUAUAAUCGAACAGAACUCGAGGUCAAUAAUAUUAUUCGAUUGUUCAAUAAUCGCAAGUCGAUUAUUCUAUUAAAAUCAAUCGAAUAUUUUUGCAGAUAAUCGAUUAACUUGAUCAAUCGAGAAGUAUUCGGACAUCACAUAGUAUGGACGGUUUGCCAGUCCGCCAGACUAUAGCUAUUACACAGACUUUAGUUUACCUGUGAUUCACGUGAUUCACGUUGCAUUAGUUUGUUCGUAGUUAUUCUCAACCGCUGGGCAUCGACGAAGACAGCUAGUUUGUCAAAUUCUCUCGAGCUGCGGAUGGGAGAUGGAAAGAAGAGAUCGCGAUUAUUAAACCACAGUGAACUGCGAUCACUGCGAUGUGCUGAUGAGUGACUAGACAGAAUUGCUUUGCCUACCUACUACAAAAAGCAGUCAAGGGUUAGACGUUAGCAAGCAGGAAAUAAUUCUUUGUCGCAAAGAACACAACAAAUUAAAAGCAAUAAAUCCGUCGUGCCAGUCUGGUGAACGUAACGCCCUGUAGAGGGGAUUCGGGAAAAAAUAAUACAACGAUCAACUGCGGAAAAAUCGAAUAGAGGAAAUUCCUACCGCAUAGGUGACGUUUUCACUCGUUUUUCUCCGCGUCCGUGAACAGCAAAAGCAAAGUAAAAGAAAAACUACGACGGGCGAGAGCGCAUCGGGGAUCGUGUGAAAAACAAAAGCCUUUGUGUUUGUGCUGCUAGAGUCGACGUCUCCUGGUGGUCAGUGAAGAAAAACGGCCUCAAAAGUGGAAGUUCAACAGGCAAAGAGGAAGCAGUCCGAUAUGGAGCUCACACCGGAGGAGAUUCGGGCGCGGCGUUUGCGUAAGCUAGAAACGGGAACUAGCCGACCGCUGGCAGCAACCCCCAGCAUAAGUACUCCUGAUGGGCAGCAGGUAAAAGAAGCCUCCAACCAGCAGGUUCCAGCUGUUUUGGCGAAUUCUCUCGACGAAGAACCAAGCUCAGAGGCUGCCACUGUCGACAAUAAUAAUGCCGUAGAAGGGGUAGGGAACCCUUGUGUCAAUGACAAAACUGCCAACAGUACCAGUGGCAGCAACGUUGAAUCUCCCAUAAAAAUGGAAGAGGACCCAUUGAUUGUAAAUCUCGUCUCCAGUUCGAUUGUUACUGUUCCGGAAUCUAUGUGCAGUUUGGAAGACAAAUGCCGCGACGAAGCAGCAAGUCGUGAGGAGCUGCAGCAAAUUGUGUUUCGUAUCAUGAACAUCAACAGCCAAAUCCGUUAUUCGGAAGCACGUUUUAACAUCGAUAGCAGUGUGCUGGAGAGUGCUCUCGAAGCACUGGACGCAAAAAAUUAUCGUGAGUUUUGUGCAGAGAUCAUUACUGAAAUCGUUAAAGAUUUCUAUGAGGGUAAACUCAUCGACGCUAAUGGUUGUGGUGGAAGCCUCUCGGAUAGCUGGAGUAACAUUCCGUCCAAGAAGGUAAAACCAAUCGACAUCGACGAAGUGUUGGAACGUAGCGGUGGUGGCAGUACUGCAAUGGAAAUUGACAAUGAGAUCGGAAUUUGCUCGUCAAAACCCAGUAUGAAGGCUUUCAGCUCGAACCGUGUGUCUGCACUAGAUUAUCUCAUUUGUUGUUACUGUCGGGCAAACGACGAGGUCUACAGUUACACUAAAAUUAAAAAGAGUAAAAAAAUGUAUUUAGCAGAAGUUUUACCAGAAGUUGCUGCCGUUAUUCGACAACAGACACUAAAGUAUGCAAUUUUGCUAACGAAAAACCGCUUCCAAAAUUUUGCCCAGAUCGAUAAUCCAGCAAAGCUUAUUUUAGAAAAGUCGCCUUUGCUACAACUUAUGUAUGAAAAUAAGGUUCCGUCGGACUUUUUAACCAGUUUAAUGGUCGAAUCGCGUAAGAAGAAGGAGGACUUCGAUGCCAUUUUUACGAUUGUGCUCGAUGAUUUAUACGUUGACAUGCAGAAUGCAAUUUGUAAUGAAAACAUCGUUAGUGAUGCGUUAAACCGACUGAAAGAACUGGUAGAAAUCAAAGUGGAAAAUACCAACCCGAUCUGCAAGUUGAUUGUGAAGCACGUUGUGUUCCUACCAAGACUGACCCUGGAUAAGUACGCUGCCAGGGAAAUAUCCAAGGUGUCCUUUAUGGCACCUUUUCUGUCUCUUUCGGUGCUACUGGAUGAAAAUCCUAAGUUUGCGACACAUCACUUUUUGGAAAAUGUCUGUGACCGUACACUUGCCGCAUCGUUUCAAUCGUUGCUCGGAAACACUCGAAAAGUUUUGCAUCAAAUUUUCCUUUCGCUGUUGACCAAUUUAGACAGUCGCCAAGAGGUGCUCAAAUAUAUCUCGGAGAUAUUGAAAACCAAUCACAAACGAAUCCAGUACAACGCCGACGAUCGAUUUCUGGCCAAGGACGGUUUCAUGCUAAAUUUUAUGUCAAUUUUGCAGCUACUGUCGAUUAAAAUCAACAUGUCUAGAGUAGAUCCUUUCUAUCCGCAUCAUCCAGAUGCCUUGAUUGACAUUGAAGAUGAAACUAAGCUAAAACUUUCAUCUCAAGAGUACGGCGAAUGGUUGGAGAAACUGCGAUCGGAGAAGAAAUGGGAGACACCGAAAUUUGUUACUCACUGCUGGUUUCUUACGCUACACGCUCACCAUUUGGGAAUAAUACCAGCAAUUCAACGCUACAAUAAACUGCUGCGGGCUACCAAAGAGUUACAGAGAAUGGUUGACGAGUUGAAUGCUAGUAAUAGUCAGUGGAAGAAUACUCCUGUGGCUCGUCGAAACAAGCAAAUCCGAGAUCGCUGUGUCAAUCAAAUUAAUAAGCUCUCCAAAGCGAAAUUGGGCUGCGAUAUUGCCGUCAUAGAUCCAAACGUACUCGGAGCUUGCAUGCAGUUUUAUUCGUCCGUAUGCGAGUACAUGCUGUAUCAAAUCGAAAACCGACCAAUCGAAGGCCCAUUUGUGAACAAAAUACCUCCUGCGACGCUUGUGGCGAGUGAAAACUUCUGCUCCUUGCCCGAGUGGUACAUCGAAGACAUUGCCGAUUUUAUUUUGUUUUGCAUGCAGCACAGCAUCGGAGUGGUCGAUUUUGUGGAUAAUUCUAUUAUCACCUGGAUUCUGACGCUUGUGUGUGCGCCACACCUGAUUAAAAAUCCAUAUAUCACUGCCAAGUUAAUUGAGGUCCUUUUUGUUACAUCACCAACGAUUCAGACGGCGUCGCAGCGUCUUUAUCUGCAGAUUAUCAACCACGAGCUGGCCCAGACAGCCUUGGUAAGUGCCCUUAUGAAAUUCUACACCGACAUCGAAACCACUGGUCAAAGUACCGAAUUCUACGACAAGUUUACGAUUCGCUACCACAUUAGCCACUUGUUCAAGGGUCUGUGGGAUAGCGUGGCUCAUCGACAGGCCAUCGUUAAUGAGUCGAAAAGUGGUAAGCAGUUUGUCAAGUUUGUGAAUUUUUUCUUGAAUGACACCACUUACUUGCUGGACGAGUGUUUGGAGUAUCUAAAACGGAUCCAUGAAACGCAGGUGCUAAUGAUAAACGAAACGGCGUGGGCCGAAAUCGGGCAUGAGGCGCAACAGAGUCGCCAACGACAACUGGUUCAAGACGAGCGGCAGUGCAGAUCCUAUUUAACGCUAGCUAGGGAAACGGUGGACAUGUUCCAUUAUCUCACAAUCGAUAUCAAGGAACCAUUUUUACGACCCGAACUGAUUGACCGUUUAAGUUCUAUGUUGAAUUACAAUCUGCAGCAACUUUGCGGACCAAAGUGCAAUGAUUUGCACGUACGCAACCCAAUGAAAUACGGCUGGGAACCUCGACGAUUGCUAGGUCAGCUAAUAGAUAUUUACUUGCACUUGAACUGUGAUGAGUUCGCCGCAGCAUUGGCUGCAGAUGAGCGAUCAUUUGAGCGACAUUUGUUCGAAGAUGCUGCCAACCGUGUAGAACGUAUCGGAAUCCGCACACCAAUGGAAGUAGAUGAAUUUCGGAAGCUCAUUCGUCAAGCAUCCGAUAUAUACAUUCAAAAUCAGCAGAACGCAGACGAGUUCGCUGAGGCACCGGACGAUUUCAAAGAUCCGCUGAUGGACACUUUGAUGAGCGAUCCGGUCAUAUUACCUUCCGGAACCAUAAUGGACAGGUCUAUUAUUACUAGGCAUCUGCUCAACAGUAGUACGGAUCCAUUUAACCGGCAACCGCUUACCGAGGAUAUGCUCAUACCGGCGACCGAGCUCAAGGAACGUAUCGAGAAGUGGAUCAAAGAUUACCGCGCGAAUAAAAAACAAUAAGACUUGAUACUUUACAAACAACGGAAAUAUCGGCGCGUUUUGGAAGGUGCCAAAAUAGCGAGAAAGGACAAAAACUCAACAACAGAAUUUAAACAUUAGAAUCGGUAUACAUAGAGACAUAUUUAUAUAUGAAUAGUGCUUUAAGAUAGGACUUUCGCGAAACCCUUCCUCGAUCCUGUCACUGCGUUCUUGCUAGAGGCUCUAUGUUUUUGUGAACUAACCGUUCACAAACCCAGCCAGCUGUCGGAGAUCUAAACGCUGCUAGCGGAAUAAUAAGCUUAUAACUGAUGGUAGACUUUUGGCUACAGAGUUGUAAUCUCUGGCAAUAAUAUGAAAUAAAUAAACCCUUUUUGAUCAUUGUAGUGUUUUUGUUUUUAAUUUUGGUUUGCUGCUAACACUAGGAGAAAGUCGGCGGUGGAUCCCAUUCAAUAGAAGAAAAAUUUGUGUCGAGCAUAAGGCGGAGGAUCCCAUUCAAUAGAAGAAAAAUUUGUGUCGAGCAUAAGUCAAUAGUACUUUAAAUAAAAAUAAAUAUUAACAUUUCA